UGCCGUUGAAUCAUGUCCGCCCGCUGACUUAACUGACCAUAUGGAGGAGAAAGCUUCCACUGAUUGAUUCAUGCGAUGUAAACACUUGGGAUGCCAGGUCUAGUACGUUUACUCUUCUGCUGGUAUGGGUAGCUGCUGUGAAUUGGGCAGCGUUUUAAAGUAAGGAGUUUAGUUUGACCAGUCGUCGUUUUUCACAUACAAAAAUGUACAGUUCAACAUCCAACAACGAAGUCCUGCGGUCGGAGGAAUGUUCUGGUAGCAGCAGUAACCUUUGGCUCCACCGUAAACACGAUGUUAGCCUGAUAAGUUUGGCAAGCGAAGAGGACGAUGAAGUACAGUUUGACAAGGAAAAUGGACCUAGGAGACAAAAACCUUGUUGAAAUGAUAGCAAAAGUUAUUGAAGAAGCUUCAGACACUGAUGAUAACCGUGAAGUGUUGAUGACGGGUGGAAAUAAUUACCUGUCUAUACAGGAGUUUGCCUCUGCAAUCCCCAACCACCUACUCCUGGGGUCUCUACUGGAGCACCUGUGCUUUGUCUAUGAGAGCAAUCCAGCACGCUCACGUAUGCUGUUUAAAGUCAUUGGCCAGCGUUUAGCCGCCAUGAACCUCCUCUCACCUUUGGCUGUAAGCGAUGAGUUCAGCACUGUCAGACUUCAGCACAAUCGGGCCUUCACUGAGCUGCUUCAUGCUGCCAGCUCCUCACUGUAUCCACAGGGGCAACAGUGUCUCGGCGCAACACAUAAUCCUGUAGUUAGACCUGAGGAGGGACUGUUUCAAGCGCAGACAUCCCGGUACCUUAGUGAAUUUGAAGAAGUCUGCAGACUUGGAAAAGGAUCAUAUGGAAAUGUUUUUAAGGUUAUGAACAAACUGGAUGGACAGUAUUAUGCUGUGAAGAAAAUUCUCAUCAAAAAAGUCUCAAAGGACGACUGCAUGAAGGUCCUCAGGGAAGUCAAAGUGUUGUCCAGUCUGCAGCAUGUAAAUGUUGUGGGCUAUCACACUGCGUGGAUGGAGCAUGUUCAACCUGCACCAUAUCCUGAGUCUGGCCUGCCUGCACUGGGAUCACCUGGAGCACAAGACAGUUUUGAUGAGAGCUCUGGCAGCAGUGACACCAGCUCCUCCAUUGUUUUUCAAAGCCUCAGUCAUGCAGAGACAGAUACUGCCCAAAGUGCAAAAAUACCCCCAAGGGAGAUGCAGCCUGUCAGAGCUUUAGUUUCAACCCAAGAGAAGGGCCAGGUGGUGUGUCCCAAGACAAUGCGCCGUAUCCCCAAGAACUAUGUCCCCUGUGUGUUCCUGGGACAGGGAGAACCCCUGAGAAGUUCCAAAUGUCCUGCCACAGGCUGGGACAGCUCGGCACUCCUAGAGGAACAGUCCAGCAGAAGUAGCAUCGAACUGAACAACAACUCCCUCAUCAACAAGGAGUGUCAGCAGUGGCCUGACAUUCGCACAAGGAAACCUUCUAAAGAGGUUCAGUUCCACCUGAUGCUCUACAUCCAGAUGCAGCUGUGUGAGCGCUCACUGAAGGACUGGAUCUCUGACAGGAACACCAGGCCCAAAGAAGAACAGACCUCAAGAUGUCCUUAUGGAUGCGUUGAUACCGAACACACACUCAACCUGUUGAGAGAGAUACUUGAAGGAGUGGAAUACAUUCACUCCAGGGGAAUUAUGCACAGAGACCUGAAGCCAAGGAACAUUUUCCUCCACGGUCAUGACUGCCAUGUUCGGAUUGGGGACUUUGGGUUGGCCUGCAGGGAUAUCAUAAUAGAUGGCCAUAAAAGCACAGCUUCUGUCAGCAGUGAUUCCUCACAUACCACGGGUGUUGGCACAUUUGUGUAUGCUGCACCAGAACAACUAAAGGGCUCCCAUUAUGAUUCAAAGUCUGACAUGUACAGCAUUGGUGUGCUGGCUCUUGAGCUAUUCCAGCCCUUUGGGACGGAGAUGGAACGGGUCCAGAUACUUGGGGACCUGAGAGAGGGGAAAAUUCCUGACUCGUUCUGCCACAGAUGGCCAGUCUUGACCAAGUACAUCAUGAAGCUGACGAGUAAAGACCCGGGUGUUCGACCCACGGCCAGCCAACUUCUACAGUGUGAACUCUUCUGCAGUAAAGAUAUAGUAAUCCAUGGUUUGCAGAAAAGGGUUGAAGAGCAGGAGGAAGAGAUCAUGCAGCUGAGGAGACAGAUCAGCCAGCUUCAGAGAGCAGAAGUCACAGUUCAUUUCUCUGAGUCGGACAAGACCUGAGCCUUAAAAAUCUCAACUCUCCACAGACUGUCAAAACUUGAUUUAUUCUGCCACUGUUGUACUAUGUGGUACUUACUGGAGAAGUGGUAGAGUGUGUGUGUGUGUGUGUGAGUGAGUGAGUGUGUGUGUGUAUGUAAGCACUUGAGUGUGUCUUGUACACUUGGAUGUAACAGUGCAAUUAUUUAUCUUCAUUUGAAUGUUCAAUAAAACCCAUUUCUGCUAUGUCUGAAA